AUGGCCCGGAGCCCCCACAGAUGGAUUCACAGACACAUGGUGGUUCCUUGGGGCUCAAAGCCACCCACCCUGAUGCUGCAGGUGAAGGCCUACUAUGGGCAGGUGCUCACUGUUCACCUGUUCAUAGUGCACCUGGGCCCGACCCUGGUAGACUUGCUAUGCAGCUAUGAGGUGCUCCACGAGAAUCAGAUAGAGCAGGCAGCCACCUUCAGAGGGCAUCCAGAGAUGACCAUUUCCAAGAGGACCAACCAGGAAGAUGGUGAGACCUGGAUCAACCGAUUCCCUCCAGGUGGCAAGAUAGACUACCUGAAGAAGAGCGGGAGCCUGCUCUAUGGCUUGGUCAACACGGCUGAGCCAGAUGCCGAAGAGGAGGAGACCCACCCGGUGAACCUGAGCUCCCUCUCUGACAAGCUGCUUCCAGGCUUCAGCUUCACCACUGUGGGCUUCAGAGAUGAGAGAAGGAGCAAAGUCAUGUUUCUCUCAAGUGCCAGUACUGCACUUUCAAUGCAUAAUCAUUCUGUAUCUGCCUAUGGAGAUGAGACAGGUAUGCAGUGUGAGUUAAAUCUGCAGGAGUUUGUGAAGAAUGCUGGGAGCUACAAAAAGAGAAUGGUGGAUGACCUCUGGGACCAGAUCACAGGCGGAGCCUCCUGGAUGCUGAGGCAGAGGAUAAAUGUCAUGAUGAAGCCAUCAGAUGAAGUAAAGACUGGGGACUCCCUAGGAGAUAGUGGCUCUGUGCUAGAUUUCAUGUCAAUGAAGUCGUAUUCUGACAUCUCUUUGGUCAUCUCCAUGCUCAGCUCUCUGGGGGAAGCGAAGAAGGAGCUGGACCAUGAUGACCGCCAUCUGAACUUGGGCGAGAUGACAAAGCUCCUACAGGAUCUGCAUGAGGCGCAAGCAGAGUGUGGGAGCUCCGGGCCAUCGUCCAACCUCAGCUCCCUGUCUAACACCUUCAACAGGGACCAGUACCACUUGGGAAGUCCUUCUCGCCUCAGUGUCUGUGAGCAACCAGAUGUGACCCAUGACCCGUACGAAUUUCUUCAGUCUCCAGAACCUGCAGCCUCUACAAAGAGCUAGCCUUGUAGAUAGUCAUUAAUUGUUUUUUGUUUUGUUUUGUUUUUAUUUGCAUGUACAGAGUUUUUGUUGUGAGACAAGGGCUAUAUGUUCCCUUGGGCCUGCAGGAAGCAGAGCAGGGAGGGGAUGAAUUGUCUCUGAUCAUGUCAGCCUAGUGUUUCUGUAGAUAGUCCUGUGAACUUAAAUAAUGGAAAUCCUAAAUAAAAGGAG